UCGCGUGUUCCGGGAAUUGGCGAACCUCGGUAUCUCAGCUCGUAUUCGGGGCUGCAGACGACGCAAGGAUUCACAGCGACCAUCCAAACGAGCACCGUCAGAGUCUAUUUGAGUAAGAUGAUUCGUGAUCAUUUUGCAGUAUAUCAUCACGUUUCCGCAGUAUACUUCCUGGUUUGGAAUACGCACGAGAACGAGGGGAUCGUCUGAGACGAAUGUCUCCGAGUUAGUUCGCCGGGUCGCCGACGGUUCACCGACCGGACAUCGCCAGUUCCGCCGUGACUGCGCUAUACUAUACAGCACAUGCCCUCGCCAAAUAUCUUUAAAGAGCGGGUGCAGCCGCUGUCUGUGUUGCACUAGCAAGCUCUUCGCGCUGUCACGACUAACAGUGUUUGAUCCCCACAACCGACCAUGCCUAACCAACACGAUGCGAAGAUCAUUGUUCAUUGGCUGAACAAGUCACGCGGCCAGCGAAUUAUCUGGUUGCUGGAAGAGCUGAAGCUCGAGUAUGAGAUCAAAACGUACAAGCGCGAUGAGAACAUGCGUGCACCGCCAGAGUUGAAGGAGGUCCACGCCCUCGGAAAGUCGCCUGUCAUCAGUAUCGAGGCGCCUGGUCUCGAGCAGCCUCUGGUGCUCGCGGAGAGUGGUGCUAUAGUCGAGUACCUCUACGAUUACUUUGGUCGCGAACAGCUUCCCCAACGCUAUGCGGCGGGCAACGACGGUAAACUUGGGGCAGAAAACAAAGCAUGGAUCCAGUAUCGAUACUUGAUGCAUUACGCGGAGAGCAGUCUGAUGCCCAAUCUGCUCGUGUCGCUUGUAACUUCAAGCAUCCGCGACGCGCCAGUGCCAUUCUUCAUCAAGCCGAUUCCAAGGAAGAUUGCGGACACGGUGGACGGAAAGUAUACGAAACCCGAGAUCGAGUCGCAUCUCAAAUUCCUGGAAGAAAUGUUGGGCAAAGCGCCGGCGGGUGAUUUCUUCUGCGGAGCGACUGUGAGUGGAGCUGACAUCAUGAUCAUUUUCGUUCUCGAAGCAGCGAUGCAGGGCAAGUUCCUGACGGAGACGAGUCACCCAAAGCUGUACAAGUAUGUGAGGAACAUCCAGGGCUUGGAAUCGUACAAGAAGGCUGGCGACCGAGUCACGGAAGCCAGUGGAGAGAAGUUUGUUCCCUUUUCCGAGGCCGGGCGCCAGUAG